GCAUGUAGAGAAAUCUGCUUGCUAGUGUUGGGACCUCCCUACCAAAAUGGCUUCCUCCAAUGCUCAGUCGAGCUCCGCUCACAAGCCUUCGCCCACCGCGAACACCAAACCGAACCGGCUUCCUGCUCCUACGCUCUUCGUCGCUCCUCCGUCUCGCAAUGCCUCCAACCUUAGCAUCUCGCGCCAACAGCCCGCCGAGGCCACCGCGAACGCCAGACGCGACCCUUUGAACAGACACAAGUCUGCUCUUUCCCGUUCCCGGAAUGCCACUGACAAUGCUUCAUCGCCCAGUGGGGAGGAUGACAACAGCCCAAAGACACAAGCCUCUUAUGGCACAGCACAGCCUGGGGUCAUGAAGGCCUCUGACCGGGAAAUUGAAGCAAAAUGGCAAGAAAUGCAAAAUACGCUCAAUGAAGUUGAGCUCACAGCACAAUCUUCCACCCAAGUCUUCGGCGAGACUCACGCGAAAGCCCUAGACGACUUGAGGAGAGCACAGAUCGAGUUAGCACGAGCUUGGGGACGUGGUGAUCAGGACGAAAAGGAUCUUCAUCCUUUCAUUCAUGAUCGUUACAAAGGUGCCGAGGACAUUGCGCGAGACAGAAGCAACGUGCACAGGCGAGGACGAGGGGACACGAAUGCAUCGGCGAGCACGGCUCUGUCUGAUGAGAGUUUGAGAUCUGAUGUCACAAGCAAGAGCGGAAGAAGUCAGCUGGAAGACGAAACCAAGCAAGACAUCAAGUUGGCAUCGGAAAGGCGCGCUGCGAAUGAGGCGUAUUUCAAGAAGGUGGACGGCGGAGUGAGAGAAGUGGUGAAGAAGCUGGAAAUUGUCGCUGAGGCUAUGCGAGGCGUGGAAGGUGAGAGCAGGAGUCUGUGGAGUGAAAGCUCCACUGACCUGAGCGGAAGCGGCAGCACGAGGCAGAGAGAGACAAGCGACGAGACGAGGAACGGUAAUGAAAAGGGAGAGUCCAGUAAAGCUCCACCCGGGUGAAGCACUCAACCACGACCAUUGCAUGAACUCACCUGGACACGGCGGACAUGUCUGCGAUUGGAGUGCUUCGGCGUAUGCGAGCAGACCGUCUACGCUACUGUGGUGCUGCACGGGCUGUAAGGACAGACCUGGACAUUGAUAUCGCAAGCACUUGUCAUUGCUUCCAACGCUUAUGAGAAAUGGCGUAGCUCACGCUCUGUCACGGCAUCACGGGCUUCGCGCUGGGAACUUGAUGCGUCGCCAACGCUAGCAUGCAGUGUCCAGCACGGGAGACAGGUACCUGACAACUGCUGACACCGGCGCGCGGUAUUCGCAAUCGCAUUCUCCCGCCCAUGCCACGUCGAAGCGGUCUCUCACAAGGAGUCUUCACGUUAUGUCAUUUGGCAAGCUAUAGCUCUGGGGAUCGCGCUG